AUGCCCGGGAGAUGCCGGGGAGAUGCCCUGGAGAGCGCGGGCGGAGGCCGGGCUCGCGGUCGCUAUGGCAACCGGGACGCCGGGCGUUCCCAGGCAGACCGCCCGGCGGGGAGGAGGCCUCGGCUGCGGAGCGGACCCCGCGGCAUGAGGCGGGCGGAGGCCGCGGUGGUGCUCGCGGGGGCGGCGCGGGAGGCGGGCCGCGAGGGGGAGCAGCCGGGGCAGCGGGGCGGCGGCCCCCAGCAGUCCUGCGGCCAGGGGGCCGUGGCGCUGCCUGGAAGGUGGGUGCGGGCGCCUGGGCGUGUGUGUGUGUUUGAGAGAGACACAGGGACGCAGAAGCAGGCUCCCCGCAGGGAGCCCCACGCAGGACGGGAUCCCAGGACCCCGGGAUCACGGCCUGGGCCGAAGACAGGCGCCCAACCGCCGAGCCCCCCGGGCCCCCCGUUCCAUGGACUUCUACUCCACAGCCCUUGUGCUCUACAGGUUUACAGGAAGAAAUUCUUGUAUUCUGAGCCACAUAAGAGAAUUAAGGAAGUACUAGAAGAAGAACUUUAUAUUAAAAGAGAUGAGUGCCACAUUAAAAAUCCACCUGCAGUGGCCCUGGAAAGGAUUUGGAGCAUUAAAAGGAAUCUCCCUGUGGGCAACUUGAAGCCAGAACUGCCGAGCAGAAACAGUUUGCUGCCGCAAACCACGUACUAUUCGAGGCAUGGAGGGCUAAGAAGAUAAGAUGAAUACAUUUUUCCAUUGAGAAGAAACCUCAUUCUCCUGAUGUCUGCAAAUCAGAGAACCCAAGCUUGUUUCACAGUUUAAGAUGUGUUAAAAAAUGUAUAUUCUUAUUAUUGGUAUUAAUUCUUAUGUAUAAAUUAAUCCAGGGAAAUAAAAGACUUGGUAAAGUUUGCUAAGCACCUGGAAACAAUGAAGAAGAAUAUCAUAUGUAUUUUUAGCACAUUUGGAGUACAUUGGGUUUCUAAUUCAGCAUAUUUUAUUAAAUAUGUGAAACAUGAUAAAACAAA